CGCUGCUCGACACACACACACACACACACACAGCGCGGGAGAGUUUGGCUGAAGUAACUGCAAAUGUUGCGGGUUAAUAUAAAUUAAUAUUCAACACGAACAGACAGGCUGCGACUUUUCAAAGCUUUUAGAGGAAUAUAAAGUGCUGACUGAAACGCAGAGGCAUGCAGCGGGACAUUCAGCGCGGUGGGCAAUAAACGCGUGCUUUGUCUGUCACUACGCAUGAAAUGAAGCUGUAAUGGGUGACACUGACAGGACUCUCCCUGAAUGGAUGAACAACAAACCUCAAGAAGAACAGACAUCAGGAAGCUAUAAAAAGAAUGUUCUGGAGGAUUAUCUUCCUUAUCUGGAGUUUGGUGGGACAGUCAUAUACAGCCAGGAAAGACACGACUGCUCGUUUUUAUCAGAAGAUUUAAGGUCUGGUCUGGCGUUGGGAUCAGCCGUGGGAUUUGAUCUGGAAUGGCCGCCCAGCUUCACCAAAGGGAAGACGAAGAAAGUGGCUGUAGUGCAGCUGUGUGCCUCAGAGGAGCAGUGCUUUCUGUUCCACAUCUCCUCCAUGUCAGGGUUUCCUCCCGGCCUGAAGGUGCUUCUGGAGGACGAGAGCGUCAUGAAAGUUGGAGUGGGAAUUGAGGGAGACAAGUGGAAGUUAUUAUCUGAUUAUGACAUCAAAUUGAAGAAUAUUGUUGAGCUCUCUGAUCUGGCCAAUGACACGCUGAGGUGUUGUGAGAGGUGGAGUUUGGAUGGUCUAGUGAAGCGCUUGCUGAAGAAGCAGCUCUUCAAAGACAGGCGUGUGCGCUGCAGUCACUGGGACGACUUCGGUCUGACAGAAGACCAGAGGAGAUACGCUGCCACCGAUGCUUAUGCUGGAUUGCUUGUUUAUCAGAAACUACAGGAAAUGAUGUCUGUGGGCCGCUCAGGAUCUCCAGCGCUCGGUUUGAAGCAAAGAGUUCUUCAGAUUGCUUGUGAUCUUAAAGAUCUGGCUGAUCGUAUCCCAGAUGAGCUCGACUGCACGGACAGUGCCGAGAGACUCGUGGAUGAUCUGUCUCAGACACUUGCAUCCCUAAGAUGCGCUUUGUCGAAUGGCAUCAAAGCAGCUGAUCAGUCUUCUCUAAACCUCAACGAUGCCAGAAGUAGGACCCGUCAGGCAGGCGUUUGCACAGCUCCUGAGGAGCGCGGCCACAGGCAGCCUGAGGAGUGUGUGGUGUCGCAGUACGAGCUGCAGACGCUGGAGCAUCAGGCCAGGCAGGAGCAGCUGGAGGAGGAGUGCAUCCUAGCGUUCCAGACUCAGCAGGCUUCAGCCCCCGAGAGCUCCCAUGACACGGAGAGGGAUGAGGAGUUUGACGAUGAAAUGAUGAAGUGUGCUGAUGACUUAGAGAAAUUAAAUGAGAAACCGGCAGAUGUCCCACAGUCUGGUGCUGACGACGAUGAUGAGGAUGUUGAGGAAGAUGAGGAGGAGGUGUUUGAUUCAAGUAUCUCACAACCAGUUCCUGAACAAAUCACAUGUCUGAAAACAUUCUUUGGACAUCACAACUUUAAACCGGUUCAGUGGAAAGUGAUUCAGUCCGUUCUCACAGAGAGGAGGGAUAAUCUUGUUGUCAUGGCAACUGGUUAUGGGAAGAGUUUGUGUUUCCAGUUUCCUCCAGUGUACUGUGAGAAAAUCAGUGUGGUCAUUUGCCCUCUCAUCGCCCUGAUGGAGGACCAGGUGCUUCAGCUGCAAAUGUCAAACAUCCCUGCUUGUUUUCUUGGAUCUGCUCAGACCAAAAACCUAAUUGAGGAAGUGAAGAGGGGGGAUUUCCGGGUGGUGUACAUGACACCCGAGUUCUGCUCCGGGAACAUCCCUCUGCUAGUGCAGCUCGACGCGACUCCUGGUUUAUCACUGGUUGCGAUAGACGAGGCUCAUUGCAUCUCUCAGUGGGGUCAUGAUUUCAGAAGUGCGUAUCGUGACCUGGGGAAACUCAAGACAAAUCUCCCUGGCGUUCCCAUUUGUGCGCUCACAGCCACGGCGAGUCCGUCUAUCCGCGAGGACAUCGUGAAGAGCCUUCAUCUGAUCAAUCCCAUGAUCACCUGCACCUCGUUCGACCGGCCAAACCUCUACCUGGACGUCAAUCGCAAGUCCGGUGACGCUAUCCAGGACCUCAAACGAUUUCUGGUUAAAAAGAAAGGGGGUGGUUUUGAGUUUGAAGGCUCAGCCAUUGUGUACUGUCCAUCAAAGAAAGAGGCUGAGCGUGUGACAGUGGCGCUGCGUAAGCUGGACAUCCCCUGUGGAGUGUAUCACGCAGGGCUGAGCAUCAAGCAGAGGAGGGACACACAGCACCAGUUCAUGAGGGAUGAGAUCCAGUGUGUGGUGGCCACUGUGGCGUUCGGGAUGGGCAUCAAUAAAUCUGACAUCAGGAAGGUCAUCCAUUACGGGGCUCCCAAAGAGAUGGAGUCGUACUAUCAGGAGAUCGGGAGGGCCGGCAGAGACGGGCUGCCCAGCGCGUGUCACGUGUUGUGGAUGCCCGGAGACAUGGCCCUGAACAGAUUCAUACUCAAUCAAUCCAAAAGUGAGCGCUUCAGAGGUUACAAAAUAGACAUGAUGGCAAAAAUGGAAAAGUAUCUAAAUUCAACCAAAUGCAGACGAAAGUUGAUUUUGUGUCAUUUUGAGGACAAGCGCCUGAGGAAAGUGACGUCGGGGAUUCUGGGCAGCAGUGAGUGUUGUGAUAACUGCAGGACAGGUGUGGACAGAGGCGAUCCAGAGGGGGUCCUGCAGGACUUUGGCUCGUGUGCCUAUCAGCUGAUGAAGGCCGUCAGGACUAUGGAUGAGAGGUUUGGCAUCACAGCGCCCAUCCUCUUCCUGCGGGGCUCGAGCUCUCAGCGGGUUCCCGAUCGCUUUCGGAAGCACUCUCUGUUCGGCAUCGGCAGGGACAUCUCAGACAGCUGGUGGAAAGCUCUCAGCAGAGAACUGGUUGCUGAGAAAUAUCUGAUAGAAGCCACAGGCCACAACAAAUUCAGCACUCUCUGUAAACUCACACCCAAGGGCAGGUCGUGGCUAAGUACAGCUGAAGAUGAGAGGCACAGGCGACUCCUGCUGCAGCCCAACAGGGAUCUGUUCAUCAGAGUCAGUACCGUACCGCGGAGAAAAGCAGAUCCAGCACAUGUUGGGUUCACUGCUUCUGACCCGCAGCCAGAUCUCACUCGGCCCUCUCUUGUUUCUUUUCAGAGGUCAAAGGUCAGUUCUGGAGUUGACACGCCUCAGAUGGUGGAGAAAGCAGUCUUACCCUCAAGAUCAGCUGCCAGACCAACCCAGAUCCGCACUGAUGUCCGAGCCCAAACUCCAGCGGUCUCUGCUAGAGAGAUCCAGCUUCAGUCUGAACUGUACGGUCAGCUGGUGUCUGAGCGUCAGAAGUUAGCUAGCCUCAGAGACAUCCCACCAGCUCUACUGGCUACCAAUAAGAUCCUGUUGGACAUGGCAAAAUUAAGGCCGUGCUCAACAUCCAGCUUGAAGCAGGUGGACGGUGUUUCAGAAGCCAAAGCGUCCGUGCUCACGCCUCUGAUAGAGGUCAUCGCCCGAUUCUGUCAGACACACAGCUUACAGGCGGAUGUUUCCUCCAGCCCGACUCCACCCGUCCAGACAGCAGGCGUAGGGUCUGUGGGCCAGCUUCUGCCGGACAGCGUCUCCGUCACGUACCGGCUGUUCCAGGUGGAGCACAAGAGCAUGAGGCAGGUGGCAGACGCGCGCUCGCUGCCCGUGGCUGUGGUGGAGGCUCAUCUGCUUCAGGCACAGAAGGCGGGCUGCGCUGUGGACACGGGCAGAGCUGGACUCUCAGCGGACCUCUACAACACCAUCAGAAAACACCUCGCCUCCACUCCGGCCCACUCAGAUCUGAGUGAUUUUAAAGCGAUCCGCUCUCGUGUUCCUGAAGAUAUCAGUAACUUUCUGCUCAGGCUGGCGGUUCACCAGCUCCAGGGAGAAGCCCCUCAGGACAUCAGCUGGAUCGAGCGGGAUAAAGCAGACAGGCCUGCUGUUAAUCGUGUGCUUGAGGAGUCACCGCUCCGGUCUGAUGUCAUGGACACGAGUGACGACGAGCUCUUCAUCAAUAUCCCCAUGCCGCAGUGUGUGCAGGACGACCCCUGCUGGAGCGCUGACGUCCGUCUGCCGGCACGUGACCCGGGUCCUCAGAGCAGUGGGAUGGUUCUGGCCUCCUGGAACCAGGACAAACUGGAUGAGGACACGCAAGAUCUCUUCAGCGACUCCCCCGUGAAGACUGCGAGUCAGCCUGUGAAGAGGAAACUGCCUGACUGGGCUGAGCGCCCCCACGCUCCAGUGACCGCCGCGGCCGCCGCCGAGAAGAAGACCAAGAAGAAGAAAGGACUUUUCAGUUGACACUCCGGCUCUUACUAAGCUGUGUAAUGUUGUGAUAUUUUGUACAAGAUUUCAGAUCUUUUUUGUUGUUGUUGUUAAUGGUUCUGAAUGCUGAUAUAAUCUAGUUCUACGAGAGCGUCUCUUUAUUUGUUGUGGAGGGAAGGGGACCAGCAGCUUGACCUCCUCGAGGUGUGUUCAGAUUCCUCACACUGUUCUGGAUUUGCACAUAUCAUGUUCCUGCUUCUGCGAGAGGCCUGGAG